AUGUCGGACUCACCCCAGAAACCCCUGGAGCUUUACUCUAGGCAAAUCCGUCUUCUUCGCCUCUUGCCAUUGAGAGAGAGUACUGGUCUACAACAGCCAUGGCAUUCAUUAGAAGAGAUUCGAUGUGAGCUAUUCAUCGUGAAUCUGGAUGAUCGUCCAGAUUACGAAGCUUUAUCAUACACUUGGGGUAGUUCUGGUACGGAUAUCCACAUUGAACUCGAUGGACAGGAUUUUUCGAUCAGGCCGAAUUUGGCUUACGCCUUAGCGGCUCUCCGGAGAUCAGAGCCACGAGUCCUCUGGGUCGACGCACUUUGUAUCAACCAGAAUAAUAUUCACGAACGAAAUCACCAGGUUGAGCAAAUGGGUGAGAUCUAUCGUCAAGCACGACAAGUAUUGGCUUGGCUGGGAAGGCCUUCUCCACGGUGGGGGUCAACAGCGCUUGACGCAGUGAAAUUGGCGAAGAAUCUUGGCGGCUUCUCUCCAAUCUCAAAUCUCCCCCCUACACCACCCACGGCAAGCUUUCUGAAUGAAUCCGCCUGGAGAAGUUGGGUAAAAGAUCUUGUGGAUCAUUUCAAGAAAAGCAAACGGUCCAAAAACACACAGUCGAAGAGAGAGGGAAAACCAAAGUGGACGAAAAGCGAGAAAGCCUUUGUGAGGCUGAUAAGAGAUUGGUGCUACUUGAGGCGGAGCCAAGUACAUCGGCAUGAGCUGGAAUCAAGAGAACGGGAACAAUUACAAAUAUUGGGAGACCAGCGGCCCUCGAUGACGCGGGACCGGAUGAAGUUGUGGCUCCUACAAGAGAUGCGAACGAUAGCAGAGGGUCAAUUAAAAGAGAAGUUAUUGGGAGUCUCGCAAGUACUUAACGAGGCACAGAAGAUGAUUGAGGUGCGACUGCAGGAGCAGGAGCGAGAAGAAGGGGUGCAUAGAGAAAAGUCUAAUGCUCUACAAAGCCUAUUGGAAUUGCAAAGGCUUCUUCUUAGUCCAAAGGAUAAAAGGUUUAAUGAGGAAACCCUCAAAGCAUGGUUGGAGAAAGAAGUGCCACAGGGGUUAAAAGAAGGGCAAUAUACGGCAUUACUAAACCUAGUAGAACAGAGGCAGGCAAUUCGACAACAAGAAGAAGUGCUACAACAACUAGAAGAUAAGCGAAGAAGUGUCGAGCGAAGAUAUAACAAUUGGCAGAAAGAAAUAAACGCCAUAGACCAAGAACUACGACAACUCGAUUUCGAAAAACAAAACGAGCUCGAAGAACACAAAAUGGUCUUGGUCAGCUUGACUAAAAAAUGGCGCGAACUAAGGUCGGAAGAAAUCCUGCGAUGGAAGCAGAGUCUCUUUGACAACAUCCAAGACUUGUCCUCUAAUAUUGCUUUCCUUUGCUUGGCAAAUGUGUUCAAUCUGCCGUAUUGGAGGCGCCUGUGGAUUAUUCAAGAGGUGCUUUUAGCAGAUAAGAUCGUCUUAUGUUUUGGGGAUGCCGCUCGAACCACGACGGACUGGGGUAUUUUGACGAGAGCUCGGCAUUCUCUGGAACAGAUUCCAACUGCCUGGGAAGAAGAAUUAAUUCUUGGUGUCCCUGUCAAACUCUUCAAAGAAAGCUUGCCUUUCCAGCUGGAUAAGCAAAGGGCAUACCGAGACAGAGGCUGGUCACUCGAGACACUUCUCAUAACAACUGAAAAGUCAUUAUGCCAAGAUCCACGGGACAAAAUAUACGGCCUCCUUGGUCUCUUAACAGAUUUUCGCAAGGGUGACAUUGGUAUUGACUACUCGAAACAGUUGCACGAAAUAUACCAAGACGUUAUACGAUGGUAUUAUGGUACCCGAGCUAGACGUCAGGACCCAUGUCGCCUUGAGAAACUCAGUCAGCUUUUACAAUUGUCCUUCAAAGGUCACUUAGGCUUACAAGCCAUCGCCAACGAACCGAACUCUGGACUCCUUGGCGAGGUUCCACCGUGCUUACCGGUGGAGACGUUUUGCACCACAGCAAUUCUCAAAGGCCCUAUUUUUCCGGUUGAGAAUAAUUUCGAGGACCGAGAAUUAAUGGAUCUGCAUCAAGGUGACUGGGUGCACACGCUGGUUGGCUACCUUUACAAUCCAACUCGUCAUGAAUCCAGGGAUGCCCUUGAAAAAGAACUAAUAUAUCUGGACUCAGUCAGCACAUCUUUUACCAUUCCACACUCCUCAAAUUUUGCGUACGCCACGGCUAGUGACGACGCACUGCAUCUGACAAACCGGGCCACGGAGCAAUCGAACUACCAUGCUUUACGGAAGUUUGCGGGAACUGCCCAAUUUUUCGGGACUGAAGGUGGGGAGUUCGGUAUAGCAUCAAGCUGUAUGAGAGACGACGAUGUGCUGUGCCAGUUCCAUGGAUCCAACCUAGGAGCAAUUCUGCGCCGUAGGGGAAAUCACUACAUACUGGUCAGCCGAGCCAUACUUUCCCCUGGGCCAGCGAAAGCAGCGACAGAAUUAGCACCGAAACCAACAUUCUUUAUGGCACCAGCUCUAGCACAUCAACCAAGAAGCAAGCUAAAGGGAAACCUAGAGGGCAAACCAACGCUUAACAUGGUUCUUGAUGCAACGGCACUACAAGUAUUAACCCGCCCCUUCGAACUAAGCAUGAAGCACAGAUAUCGUGAACCCCUCUGCAUCCAAGAAUCCUCAUUUGGGUGGUACGAAUUCAUCAAGUUCGGAAUGAUGUAUUCAGUUGAUGUCGAAGCCAUUUUGGUACCGAAUUCCACACAUAGUAUGGUUCAUAAGCUUCGAAUUCCAAACUUUCUUUCUGCAUUGAAAUGGUCUUCUAUCUGGUUAAUGCUAACACAACCGUUUCACCGAGUGUGGCUCCUUUUUAAAAUACUCUCGUAUCUGAAGAAUGUUGUACAUAAGAAUCUGAAAACUGUUGAUUCAGUGGUACUUGAAAGCAUGCGAGUUCUUUGGUUAUAUUUGCGAGAUCUGAAUACCGUCCAGAAAAGGGGUGUGCGUUCGACACAGAGAAGUCGUGUUAUGGCAUUUAGGGCGUAA